AUGUCUCAACCAGCAAAACAUGUAUCAUUUAUUGAGAAACAAACAAUUUCUAAUGUGUUGGCUGAAAAACCAAAUAUUCAGUCGCUUAUUCAGUUGUCGGUAAACGCUACCGUUGAGGAGGCAUUUGACUUGUUAUUAGCUGAGAAUAUAUUGAGCGUUCCUGUAUAUCGAAUAUGGAAAGGACAUCGAGAACCGAUUGCUUUAGUUAGUGCAUUUGAUUUGGUUACGUUCGUGUGCUUACAGUUUACUGACGAUCUAUCAGACAAUCAAGAAUCAUUUAACGAGAAAUCAAUUUUCCUCCAGAAAUCAAUAGGCGAAUUAAUUGGUCUUUCUCCAGAAUCAACACAUCUCACAAUUCGUCAUCCAUCAGACUCUCUUCAAGAACUUCUCGUUCUCUUUACACAUCACAAAGUUCACCGAGUCCUGGUAACCAGUCAAGUUCCCUCGUCACCUGACGAAACAAUCAAUGACGUCAUUAAUGAAGACUUAAUUCAACCAUGCUUUAUUUCACAAACUGACGUAAUUCGAUUUCUCGUUAAACAUAAUCAUCAAUUGGGAGAAAUUUUGGAUCUGCCCGCGUCGGAGGCCGCGAAUCGUGCGUCAUUAUCGCGUCGGGGUGGAUUCGCGGCAUUGUCGACAAUCACAAUACACGAUCAGGCCUUAACCGCCUUUCGUAAAAUUUACGAGGACAAAGUUAAUGCGGUCGCGAUUUUGAAUGAUGAAGGAAUGUUAGUGGGUGAAAUUUCUGCAGCUGAUUUACGAGGAUUGAAUAGAAAUCGUCUAAAUGAUCUCAAGAAACCGGUAAUAAUGUUUCUGAACACCUGCAAAGGAGGACUAAUCAAGCCGCUAACCUGUCGACAAAGAUACACUCUGAGCCAAGUAAUGUCGGGAAUAAUGUUGAGCAAAGUACAUCGUGCUUGGUUUGUUGACGACGAUGAUAUUCCAAUCGGUGUAAUCACCUUAAGUGAUAUCUUAUACAUGUUUCUCUCGCCUGAAAUGAACAUUUUUAAAAAAGUGCCAGAAAAUAAUUCUUAUUCAACGUAUUCGUUAUCUUCGGCUUCGUCUUUUUAUCAUUGA